AUUGAUUAACAUAUAUUUAAAUUUAUUCAAAAAUAAAGUUAUUGUGAGAUAUAUUAGAACAAUUCAAAAUACAUACGUUACGAAAAUAUGAUAUAACUGAAAUUUUAUUAUUUUAAAGUAAAAAUAAAAGGAACCGUUAAUAGUGGCGCUAGUGUCGUUAUUUUAAAUAUUCUUUAAUAACGGAACUUUUUUGACGUAUAUGAAUACAUACAAAAGUAAUAAGAUUUUGUUUUUGCAAUCUAGUUACGGUUACUCAGCUUUUAAAUAAACACCAAAGGCACUAUUCAACAAUAGGAUCGUUCAAUAUACUAGAUAUACCUAUACAAAUAUAAAAUUUAAAGCAAAAAAAAAAAAACAACCAAUAAUAAAACUAAAUACACAUGUUAUUUAAUUUUAAAAUUUUUAAAUUUAAUACCAAAACAGUAUUUGUGAUAAAUUUAUUUUUUUUGACUGUAUUUUAUGAAAAUAUUUAAGUGUGUGUGUGUGAUAUUAUUAACUUUUUAAAAAUUGAUAAACAUCAUAAUUUUCCCUAUUAAAAAAUCCUAAUUUUAAUAAUAAAAUUUAAUAUGUGAGAAAAGUAAAUAAUUCUUGAAAUUUUUCUUUUGCUGAAAAAAAAAACACAAAUCAAACGAAAACUAAAAAAGUCUUACAAAAAAAAAGCAUUUUUUAACAAUGCUCUUAUCACUGUUAUCAGUGUUGUGGUUCCAUCACUUUUGAUUUCCUCUUUUUAUCAAGUUUGUUAUGUUAUUUGCUCUAAAUAUACUUCCGAAACAAAUUAGUAAAAAAGAGAAAAACUAAAAAUAUUAACAAGGAAAAAAGAGAAAGCUUAAAAACUUAAAGAAAAAUAAAUAUUACGUUUUAAUUUAAAUAAAAAACACUUAAGUAUAAAGUUAAUGUGUAACUUAUGUUAUUUAUGGUAGCAGAAAAACUUAACAUGUUUCUGAAAUGUGGAGGCAACAAAAAUUCCUUAAACGAUCUAUAGACGAAACUGAUCAGGGUCCAGACAGCUUUGAGCCGCCGGUUAAAUUACACAAUAAUGGAAAUGGUCCAAAUGAUCCAACUCAACAACAGCAACAACAGCAGCAACAGCAACAAAAUCCAAAUAAUCACGGUGGUAAUGCUGGUGGUCCAAAUGCAAAUCUUGGUGGAGCAAAUGCUAACGCUAAUUCUGAAAAUCUAACUAAAUUCUCAGUUGAAAUUGUUCAACAAUUAGAGUUCACAACAUCGGCAGCUAAUUCACAACCACAACAAAUUAGUACAAAUGUUACAGUCAAAGCAUUAACAAAUGCAUCUGUAAAGAGUGAGGGUGGUUCACAACAGUCUCAAGGCAAUCAGCAACAGCAACAAUCGCAAAACCCCAAUGAUAACAAUGUCAAUCAAAACAUGAACGGUGGUAUGCCACCGGUUAAUAAUCCAGGUGUUAAUAAUGUACCAGGUGGUGUUGUGGGAGGUAUGGGUGGUCCAAAUGUUGGAGGACAAAACGGCCCGGUAGGUGUUGGUCAAAAUACCGGGGGCAUAGGUUUAGGUCAAAAUAAAACACUUAAUAAUUUAGGAAACUUAGUUGAAUGUAAGCAAGAGCCAGACAAUGACUUUGCUGAUCUUGCGGCAUUAGAGAAGGAUGGAGGUGGUACCGGUAAUUUUCCCGGCUUUCCGGAUCUUAUGGGAGGUGAUUCAAAUGAAGAUAAUGAUACAUUCAAAGAUUUGAUAUCGGAUUUACAAGAUUUUAACCCAGCAUUCUUAGACGGUUUUGAAGAAAAACCACUUAUUGAUAUUAAAACUGAAGAUGGUCUUAAAAUUGAGCCCAAUGCACAGGAUCUGAUAAAUAGUUUGAAUGUUAAAAGUGAAAAUCCAAUAUUCAAUCCGUCAUUUGUCAAUGAAAGUCCUUUAAAUAAAAUGCGGAAUCAAUUUUCUUCAAAUGGACCACCUGCCAACACUGGAAAUGCAGGUAAUAACAAUUUACCUGAAUUACCAGCUGCUCAAACUUUAAAAAAUAUGGCUGAACAACAUCAGCACAAAAACACAAUGGGUGGAAUGAACUUUCCUCGACCACCUAUGCAACCACCCCAACAAAAUCAAAUGCACGGGGGCCCAGGUGGUAAUAGGUACAACGAUUUUGGUCCAUUCGGGAAUGAUUUCAUGCAAUCUGCUGGAAACGGUGGUCCAAACGGUGGAAUGGGCGGCCAAGGACAAGGUGGUAAUGGUAAUAACUCAAAUUCAGGUGGCGGUAUUCCAACACAGCAGCAGAUACCACCACAAUUUCAUAAGGGUGCUCAACAGUCAUUUGUUGAUAUGAAGCAAGAGCUUUUUUACUCCUCACAAAACGAAUUUGAUCUCAAACGUAUGCAACAACAACAACAAGUUGCAGCAACUGCCGCAGCGAUGCAACAACAUCAACAACAUCAACAUCCACAGCAACAUCAUCAUCAGCAGCAAACACAACAACAACAACAACCAACACAACAACAACAAGGUGUACCUCAACAAAAUCCUAAUGGUCCUAAUGUCCCUCUCGGCGUUGGACCGAUGGGUCCAAACGCUAUGCCAAAUGGCUCAAAAAUGGGUAUUCCGCCUACUGUUUUUCUUAGUAAGCAACAACAACAACAAGCGGCUGCAGCAGCAGCUGCCGCUGCAGCACAAAAUCAAAAUCCACAAUCACAAUUUCCGCCUUACGGAUCAUCAAUGUCACAAGGAAACAAUGGUGGACCAAAUAUGGGUGGUCCGCCUUUUAUGACUAGUCGAGGUGGUCCCGGUAUAAAUCCAGGUGGACUUGGACCUGGUAAUAUUAUGGGCGGUCCAAAUGGACCCCAAAUGUCACAAUCAGCACAAAAUGCAGCUAAUGCUCAAAGAGGUGGUGCUAAUGGGCCACAACAACAGCAACAACAAUCACAACAACAGCAGCAACAACAAACAAAUGCUGGAGCAAAUAUGGGUACUAAUGCGCAAAACAAUAAUCAAACUGGUAAUAGCGGUGGUAAUAAUGGUGGAACAGGUGCUAAUACUCAAACGACUACUCUCCAGAUGAAACAAACUCAACAAUUACAUAUUAGCCAGCAGAGUGGUGCACAUGGAAUUCAGGUUUCAGCUGGACAACACCUACAUCUUAGUAGUGAAAUGAAAAGCAAUGUAUCGGUAGCAGCGCAACAAGGGGUAUAUUUUAAUCAACAACAAGCAGCAGCAGCGGCAGCAGCAGCAGCAGCUGCAGCACAAAAUCAACAAUCUCAACAACAUUCACAACAAAAUAAUAAUAAUCAGCAUGGUAAUAAUCAACAAAAUCAACAAGCAAACCCUAACAAUUCACAAGGAAAUAAUAAUGAGUCCUCAUACUCAAUGACACAAUCACAGAAUAUUAACUUUACCCAGCAACAAGCUUUGAGGCAACAUCGACAACCACAAUCAUCAACAGCAAACAAUUUUGUUGGAAUGAAUAAUGUUGGUCCUACAAACACAAUGGGUAACAACUCUGGAGGUGUAAAUACGUCUUCUGUUGGCAAUAACGCUAUGCCUAAUAAUCCUACAUUAAACCCAAUGAAUCAAAGUUCUGGACCUAAUGGACCAAAUAGCAAUAAUUUAUCAAAUACUAGUGGAAAUCUCAUGGGAGGGCCACAAAAUGGUCCCAAUAGUGGCCCCAACACAAAUAAUGGCCCAAAUACUAAUAUGAAUCAAUCAUCUGGAGGCGGGUCUAGUUUAGGUGGCUUGAAUCAAAUGACGGGUCCAAACAAUUCCCUUGUUGCUAGUCCGAAUCCUUCCGCGAGCGCUGGUAUGGGUAAUGUGGCAGCUGGGGGUGGCAAUAGUGGCAAUAAUAACUCUAAUUCGGGUACUACGACAGCGAAUUCAGUAAUGGCAGCUGCUUUAACUCAAGGAAUGGGACAAAUGGGACCACAUGGCGGAAGUCCUAAUAUGAUGGCUGCAAUGGGCGGACCAAUGGGUCCUGGAGGAAAUGUGGGUGGUAGUCAACAUGGCCCUGGCGGUUUAAAUGGACUACCAAAUCAAAUGGUGCAAGGCGGCGGAUUAAACCAAAACAUGGCUAAUACAAACGGUCCUAAUUCAAUGAUGAUGGGCAGUGGUGGAGGUGGAGUUCCACCGAUGGGUAUGACACAAGCUAAAUUCUUACAGCAACAACAGAUGAUGCGAAUGCAGGCAAUGCAGCAGCAACAUAUGAGUAGCAAUCGGCCACCACCUCCAGAAUAUAAAGCAAGUCAAACGCAGUUGAUGCAAGCACAACUUAUGCAAGCGCAAGCAGCAGGAGGUAGAUUUCCAAAUGCAGCAGCACAAGCUGCGGCAAUGCGUCGUAUGGGUCACCAGCCUAUUCCUCCUUCAGGUCCAAUGAUGAGACCGCAGCACUCCAUGUACAUGCAACAUUCCGCAGGUCAUGUUGGUGGACCUCGUAGUGCCAUGGGUGGCGGUGGGCCUUAUGGUGGUCCCAUGGGAGGACCACAACGUCCUCCAAAUGUGCAAGUUAGUCCUGAAGGUAUGCCAAUAGGAUCCCAACAAGAAUGGCGUCAAAUGAUGAUACAACAACAGCAAAGUAUGUCAUUUUCUACUCAAAACUCCAGUAUGAGACAACAAGGCUUUAAUACUGGAAAUUUCAUGCCGAAUUCAAACGCCGGUGGACCUAACCCAAACAGUAUGGGAUUAGCGAACGGUAUGCAAUUAACACCAGCGCAACAACAAAUGUUACGGUCGCAACAAGCACAACAAUCACAAUUACAACAAAAUCAAUUGGCAGCACAGCAAAAUCAAUUAGCUGCGCAGCAAAAUCCUCUAGCUGCAAUGAACGCCCAGGGAAUGAUGAUUGGGCCUAAUGGUGGCAACUGCAUGGGUCCUAACGCACAGCAGCAACAACAGCAACAACAAUCCGUAAUGCAGCAAAUGUUGCAACAACAACAACAUCAUCAACAACAGAAUCAACAGCAACAAGGAAUGAUGCAACAGAUGCAGAUGGCAUCUUUGCAUAUGUCACAAACUCAACAAAUAGCAAUGCAACAACAAUUUGUUCAACAAACUUCCUCAACAACAACACAUCAACAACAUUCACAAAUGAUACAGAUGUCCAAUAGUGGUCCAAUCGGACCAGGUGGACCGAAUGUUUCGAAUAAUCCUAUGGCACAAAUGAUUGCUGCUACUGCUGGAGUUGGUAAUCAAGCAAAUAAUGGUCCAAAUGGUAAUAACGGAGGUAAUUCAAAUAGUGGUGGCAACAGCAAUUCAAAUAGUCUUGUAAACGCUGGUGGUAAUAAUAGUGCUGUUGGCUUAGGUGGUGUUGGACAUGGCGGUAUGAAUUCAAAUAACCCAAAUAAUAAUAAUGGUGGACCCAUGAAUAAUAAUAAUAUGUCAAUAACUGCCGCUACAGUUAGCAGUAGUAGUAGUUCGGUUACAUCAAUUAAUCAAACUAUUAAUUCUGUUGUAGCAAAUAGUUCUGAUUUUAGUUUAGAAUUUUUAGAAAAUCUUCCAGUAGGAGACGGUAGUAGUAUUUCGGCACAAGAUUUAUUAAAUUCACUUGAAAAUGAUAAUUUCAAUCUCCAAGAUAUUUUAAAUUAAUUGUAGAUCAAUGAAAGAAAAAUGGUAAUGAAAAAAACAUAUGUAUGUAUUUGUUUAAAUAUUAAAAAUGUUCUUAAUUUAUAUAAACAAUGUUUAUAAUAUUAAUAAAAAUAAUUAUAUUUUCUAACGAAUUGCAUUAAAAUUUGAAAUAUCCUAUGUAUUGGAAAUCAUAUCUUAACGUUAAAAAAAGUAUUGUGUACUAAAAAGUAAAAACACAUUAAAAAACUACCAGUAUUGAGUCAACUAAAAGAAAAUUGUCCAACAAAAUUUUUGUGUACAUUUAAUAAACUUCAAGGAUUCAAAGCCAAAUACUUUAUUAUGUUAACUAAAGUAACAUUUUUAAAUCCGAAUUAUUGUGAACUUAUAAAUACAUUAUAAUCGAGAGUAUUUUUAAAUAUGAAAUUUAACUUAAAGUUCUGAUAUCAAAAGGAUUUAAUGACAUCGGAUUUAAUGUUAUAAACAUUGUUUGUACAAUUUAUUUUUCUAAAUUAAAAGAUUGAAAAAACUUAUGAAAUGUUUUCCGCCGGAAUCGCCCAUUUUAUAUACAUAAAUAAUUAUACACAUUAUAUUAAUCAUCAUUAGUAAUUAUUAUUUACUAACUAUAUAUUUAUAUAUUUAAACAAAAAAAAAAAUAAAUAAAAAAUACAAAAAAACAUAAUAAAACAGAAAAAUUAUAUAUGAUAUAUAAAUGUUCAUAUAUAUCAUAAUUUAAUUGAAAUUAUAAAAUAAAAUUGGUGAUAUUUUUUAAAUUAGUGAUUAUAAAAUAAAACAAGAAUUUAUUUAAUUGAUUAUUUAAUUAAUUAAAUAUUUAAUAAUUUUAUAAUUUUUUUUUUACUUCAACUAUUUGUUAUUAAAACAUGCAAUCAAAUACUUAUAUUUUAUUUUUAGUUUAUUCAAUUUUUUAUAUGUUUAUAAUAUUUUAGAAGUUUUCAAAUUAAAAUUUGAUUCAAAAAAUUUUGUUGGAAAUUUGAAUAUGAUUAUUUAUACAUUAAUAUAAAUAUACAUAAAGUAAUUAUUAAAAUCCGUAUAUUUCUUGUAAGUUUGUUUUUUUUUUUGAUCACAUAAGUAUGUACUAGUAAUUGGGCAUUUACAUUAAUACAUGAGCAGUAUAAAAGAUUUUCUAAAACUUUUGUAAGGCUUCCCAUGAAUGUUUUUGAUAAAUUCUCAAAUGUAAAAUAGAAAACAUAAAUAACAUCAGAUGAAUUGAAUAAAAAAAAAAUAACAAGUGUGUUUCUAAAAAAUAAAUGAAAAAAUUUCAAUUAUACACGAAAAAUUUAAUGUAAUAUUUAUACAUUUACCAUUAUAUAUUCUUAAAAUUGAAUAUUUAUGUAGCUUAUAUUUUAUUUAUGAUGUGUAAAUAAUUAUGUUCUAAGUAAUAUACAGUAUAAAUAAUCAUAUUCUUAUAAUUUGAAUUAAAAAAAAUACGAAAAUUAGAUUAUUAUUAGAGGAAAUAAUCAACAAAAAAGCUAAUAAUUAACAAGAAAAGUUUAAAUUUUUAAAAUAUUUAUAAACUUAUAAAAUGAAAAUUAACAAAACAAAAACUAGUUUAAAUAUUUAACUUAUUUUAAUUAUUACAAUUUUAAAAUUUUGUAAUAAUAAUUAAUAAAAAACCAACAAAAUUUUAAAAGAAAAAACACACAAACAAAGAGCAAAAAAAAAAUUCAAGGACACUAAAAAAAUCUGUAUUAAAAAAAAUUUACAAAAAAAAAAAAUCAAAUAAUAUAAUUAUAAAAUUGAUGAAUGAAAAUUAUAAAUAAAAAUAGAAAUUAGAGAAGGAAAGAAACAUAACAUUAAUAAAAUAUUUUAUUCUUAAGGGCAACAAAAAAAAAAACAAAAGAAUGAUAAACUAACACUAAGAAUUAAUAUAAGGAUAUUUUGUUUAUUAAAAUAUCCUUUCAAAAAUAUUAAAAAUCAGAAUUAUUAAUAAAUUAUUACACAUAGUAGUUAUUAUGAUUAUUAUGAAAAAAUAAAAAUUAAGUGUUUUUAUUUAUUUAAAAACAAAUUAUAUUUAUACAUGUAUGCAUAAAUGUAUUUUGCAUAUAUUUUAAAAUUUUGACAGAAAAGAAAAACAUUUUGAAAACAUUUAAUAUUCAAAGAAAAAAAACAAAGAAAAAAAAAGUAAUUAAUAUUGGAAAUUUGCAGUUUUUAAAGAAAAAUUUGUGAAAAUGAAAUUUUGUUUUUUUUAUUAUUUCUGAUUUUCUGGUUUUUUUUUUGUUGUUGUAUUUUUUCCGCGGUUUUAAACAUUUUCCUAACAUAUUUUGUAUGUAAAUUUUUAUAUAUUUAUUUGUACAAAAAAUGGCAUUACAAAUUUGUAGAAAAAUUUUAUUUAUUUUAAUAUUUUUUUAGUAUUUCUUAUUAAUUUGUAAUUUAAUAGUAAAAAUAAACUAUGCUGUUUAUGUUUUAAAAAAUAAAAAUAACUCAGAACUAUGUACGAGUAUAAUCCUGGUAAUGUAGUUAUUAAUAAGUGCGAAUCAAGAAUUUGGGAAAUUUUUAAGUAGCUUAAUUUUUUCUGUAAAAAAUUCAAAAUUCCCUCAAUACUAAGCUAUAAAUAUUUAAAACAAAGUAAAAAUUUCGAUU